CAUCCGACCCAGCUAACCCGACCGGUUUGGUUUGUAGUUUUUCGAAACUGUAGUUAAUGGCUCGGCGCAAAAUUUUUGUUUAAAUCAGCCGAACCGGACCAUGCCCAAACUCUUUUGUCUAUUGAUAAUGUGGAUAAUGUUUGGAUGGCUGUGAAUGAAUAGAAGACUUCACAUACUCAAGUCAAAUUAUCUAAGCAAGACAAAAAAUGGUGGCACAGACCAUGGCUUCUUCACGUGUACCGGUCCCUGUUACACUGCUGCAAAUGUGUACCGAUUUUAAGGAAAUCAGGCAAUUGCACGCCCGGCUGGUGGUGUCGGGGUUGAUCGAUAGACGGGUUAAUGCAGGGAGGCUGAUUGCAUCCUAUGUGGCAUGUGGUGAAAUCUAUGAAGCUUUGUCUGUGUUCCACACAAUACCUUAUCCUGAUGUGUUUGCCUAUAACAACAUUAUCAGAGGCUUAACAUUGGCUGAGUGUCCACAUGAUUCACUCUUACUUUACAAUGAACUCUUGCAGGGGAACCUAACACCAGAUAACCACACUUACACUUAUGUUCUAAAAGCAUGUUCCCGCGUAAAAGCCGUUUCUCAAGGGAAGCAACUGCAUGCCCAGAUCAUUAAGGUGGGAAAGAAACCCGAUGGGUACAUUCACGGCUCGAUGAUAAACAUGUAUGCGAAUUCAGGCGAGAUGGGUUGUGCGGAACGCGUUCUUACUGAGUUUUCGGAAGAGAACGUGCAUGGAAAAAACUCCGUGAUUACUGGUUACAUGAACCGGGGCGAAGUUUAUGUUGCCCGUGAAGUGUUUAAUAAUAUGUCUACAACAGAUUCUGCAUCUUGGAGUGCGAUGAUAACAGGGUACGCUAGAAACGGUAUGCAUACAGAGGCUUUAGUCAUGUUUCAAGAAAUGAUAGCUUCUAAAGUUUUAAUAAACGAGUCGGCCCUUGUGAGCGCGCUAUCUGCGUGCGGUCAUUUGGGUGCGUUGGAUCAGGGUAGAUGGAUACACGCUUACGUCAACAAAAAUACAAAUAAGAUUAGUGUUAAUCUCGGCACAUCCAUUAUUGACAUGUAUGCGAGAUGUGGGUGUGUCGAGUUUGGCUAUGAAGUUUUCAAAAGUAUGCCCGAGAAAGAUGUUGUGACAUGGGGAGUUAUCAUUCACGGGUUUGCAACACACGGGCUUGCCGGAAAAUGCUUUCAACUUUUUGAUGAAAUGGUCGUAGAAGGAACACAACCAAACGAAGUUAUAUUUGUAGCCAUACUAACCGCAUGCUCUCAUGCGGGAUUAGUAGACUUGGGUCGGUUAUAUUUCAAUCAAAUGUCGAGUUUAUAUAACAUAAGACCAUCGGUUGAACACUAUGGGUGCAUGGUUGAUCUUCUUGGUCGUGCUGGAAGGUUAGCCGAGGCAGAAGAGCUAAUCUCAACAAUGGUGGAAGAACCAAACGCGGUUAUAUGGGGUGCGUUACUCGCAGGUUGUAGAAUCCAUAAAGACUUUAGGUUAGGGGAAUAUGCUUUUAGGCAACUAGUUAAGUUGGAGCCCGAUUCAGGUGAGCGGUAUAAGCUAGCGAGUCAUUUGUUGGCAGAUAGAGGUGAACGAGAACGCGCACAUAAACUUAGAAAAGAAAUUCAACACAGAAAUUUAGAGGUAACACAAGGGUUGAGCUUGAUUGAGGUUGAUGGGGAGAUCCAUGAAUUUGUUGCAAGUGACAUUGAUCAUAAAAAAUAUCAAGAAAUAUAUAGCGUGUUCCAGGGACACUCGGUCCAGUAGAGGUGGCAAAAUAGAUAAGAGUCGUGUUUAGAUUAAACGAUCCGAGUUGUGUUCGAUCGACCCGCAAAUACAUUUUAUGUACAUUUUAGAUAACACUUAUAAAUGUAUCACGCGUUACUUAUUAGUAUAAAACAAUAUUAUUACACAA